AUGUCAAAGAAAUAACGUCAUUAUUUUUAUUUUGGAAUUAAAUGUAAAUCAUAUUAAUUAUUAUUAGCUAUCCUAUAAGGCAUAGUAACAUAAUUAAUAUUUGCUGAUCAAUCAUAAAUAUAAAGUAUAGAUGUAAUAAUAGUAUAUACAUUUUUAUCAAUUACACUUAAUGAUGCAAUAAAUACAAUGAUAAAUACAGGACUAAUUAUAAUGUCAAGUAUCACAUAUAUUUUAUCCUUUUCAUUUUACAUUUUAAUUCACUUUACUGUUAUGAAUCCUAACUCUUAUUUUACCUUUGAAGUCAUAAAUAUAUUUGAAAUCUUAUUAACUAUUUUCCUACUUUAAAUAUCUGAGUCAUGGUUAUAGCAUUUCUCUAUGUUUUAAGUACCUGAUAUGGAUGGAAUAUUUUAGAAGAUCUACAACAAAUUCAAUAUAUAUAAAAGUGAAAGUUAUUAUAGAAAUCAUUUUCUUUUAUUAUUAUAAAAAGAAAUCAAUAGAGUUUUUGAAAAUUUUGAAUAAGUUGAUCUAAAUAUAUAAAAAUGUAAGUAUAUUUAUAUAUUCAUUUUAUAGUAUUAUUAAAUAAGAAAGCAUUGCCAUAAUCAUUUGGAACAUGGUAAUCUUAAGUGUUUUAGAAAGCAUAAUCAAUAAUGAAAUGGAGAAAGAAAUCUACUAUUUAAGGAUUAUAAUUAAUUUGUUUUCAUUGUUAGAUGUUAAUAAUAAUUUAUUCAUAAUCAGAUGAUACUUAUUAUUUUCUCAUAAUUUACAUUGUUUACUUAAUAAUUUAAGUUUUAUUGUUUUGGUUCUAAUUAAUAUAUAAUCUAAAUUCUAGAUAAUUGUAAUAUUUAGAAGUAGUUAAAUUUAUGAUUUGUGGAGCUGCUACUUUGAUAACAAUAAUGGGAUUAUCAAUAACUAGUAUGAAUUCCAUAUAUCACCCUUUUACUGAAUUAUUAGUGACCUUUUAAUUAUCAAGCAAAUUACAUCCUAUUUAUGAUAAUAGAUUAUAUUUAAUUCCUACAGUUUUUGUAUUGAUUGCAUAUUUUAUAAUGUAAAUAAUAUAUAUUUUUAUAUAGAUUCAUUAUUUAAAUUGAGAUUGCUCCAUAUUUUAUAAUCAUAAAAAUUGUAUUAAUUUUAUUAUUCUCUGUUUAAUAAUAUAUUAUUAAGAGUUAUGUAAAGAAUUAAUAAUUAUUUUAGUUCAUUUUAUUAGAAGAAGAUCAAGCAACUAAUUAGAUCAAUUUUAUUGAAGAGAAUAAUAAAAUACAUGAUAUUUUGGGAAUACUCUUGCCUAAAUUUAUUAGACAUCGUUUAAAUGAGAGUAAUAUUACUUAUUAUUAUAAUUAUAGCUGAUGAAUAUAAUAUCCAUUAGAAUUAAGGAGAUGUGGCUAUUGUUUUUUGUGAUUUAUGCAAUUUUGAUUAAGUUAUAAUGGAAGAAUAGGAAAACAUAGUACAAUUCUUAGAUGAUUUAUUCAGAACCUUUGAUAAAUAUUGUGAAAUUUGUGGAGUUUAGAAAAUUGAAACUGUAGGUAAAACUUAUAUGGCAUCUGCUGGUCUUAAAGCAUGUGAAUAAGAAUUAGUCUAUUUAUCUGAAAUUUAACCUGUUUAAAGAGCAUUGAAUUUGGCUGAAAUGAUGAUGAUGUAUAUUAGAUCAAAACUGUAAUUUUAUUAUAUAUAAGAAUUAGAUGGGGUAUUAAUUGUCAACCAUUAGUGGGUAAAAUUGGAAUACAUUAUGGAAGAGCAAUAUCAGGAGUUAUUGGAUUUCAUAAACCUUAAUUUUCAUUGAUUGGAGAUACUAUCAAUACAACAAGUAGAGUUUGUUCUACUGGAUAAGAGGAUAAAAUUACUUUAUCAGAGAAGGCUUUUGAAUAGUUGAAUAAUGAUAAAGUAGAAUUUGAAGUGAGAUAUGUAGAAAUGAAAGGUUUAGGUUUAAGACCUACAUAUGUAUUUCUCUAAAGACUUAAUAUAAAGAAUGGUAUUUCAAAAAGUGAUGUUAGUAAUGGUUCUAGUAAACAAAAUACAGUUAAUAUUACUAAUAGAGUGAAUAGUUAAUCUUUAUAAAGAAAUGGAUUGAAAAAAAGAACAUUAGCAUAAUAGGAUCCUUUAACUUAACGUUCAAGACCUAUUUUAUAAUUCUAAUUAUCUUGGAAUUUUUAAUAAUAAUAAUAAUAAUAAUAAUAAUCAUAAUUAUGGUAAAAUUCAUAAUCAUUAACAGAUGAAUAAAUUAAUAUUAAAGGAUUUUAAAAAUAAGUUUCAAAUUGUAAUUUAAAUUAAAUUAAUAAUUUGAAUAUUGGUGAUAAUGAUAAUGAUGAUAAAGUUAGUUUGAUUUAAUGUGCUUCUAAAACAGGUUUAUUGUAAAAUUUAGAAAAUAUGUUAUAACGUAAACUUCAUUUUGAAAAAUAUUAACCAGAAGUAGAUCAUUAUAUAGAUUAUGAUUAAUUACUUGUAAUUAUUAUUAUUAUUUAGAAUGUAAUUUUAUUGAAAAAUGAAACUGGAGUUGAAGAGACUACUAUUUUAGAGAGUUCUUUUAUGGAAUUACUUUAAAAAUCUUAUUAUUAAAAUUAGAAUAAUUAUUUAGAGUAUCAUGAUUAUAUAUAUCAAUAAUCAUAGACUCUUACUAAUAAAAUAAUUCAAAUAUAUACCUUAUAUUAUUUGAUUAAAUAAUUUUGUUUGAUAGGUGAUUAUCAUGUUAUUUCAGUACCAUUAAUUAUAUUAUAAUGGAUAGGAUGUGCAUUAAAUUUAAUAUCUUUAAUGAUUUAUAAAAAGAAAAUAAUAUCUUAUUGGAUAAUGUUGAUAUAUAUUCAAUUAACUUUUUAAUUAAUUAUUGGAGGACUCUUUAUUAUUUUUGAUGUAAAUGAUUUCUUAAGUUACUUACAUAUUAUUGAGAUGAUAUUUAUACAAUCUUUCUUUAGUAAUAUAUAAUUACUUCAUUUUUGGAUAAAAAUAUUAUUUUGCAUAAGUAGUUUUUUAUUUGAAGCACUAAUAUUAAUAUUUAUUUAUGAAUACAGAAUAUCUCUAUUUUUUGUAUUUGCUGCAGUAAUAUACAAUAUUAAUUAUUCAUAUUUUUUAGAAGAACAAUAAGUAGCUUGUUUUAAUUAAAAAAACAUUUUUUAGAGUCAAUAAAAUAAAGAAUCACAAUUAUUAUAAUAUUUACUUCCAAAACAUGUAUACAUUUGAUAAAUUUAGAUUUUAUAAACAUUUUUUGAUGAUAAUACUAGAGCUAGAUGUUUAAGUGAUAAAAUUGAAGAUGUAACUAUUUUAUUUGCUGAUAUUGCUGGAUUUACUGAAUAUUCAAGUAAAGUAACUGCUGAAUAAGUCUUAUUAAUGUUAAAAAAUCUAUUUGUGGAAUUUGAUAGAAAAUGUUAUGAAUUAAAUGUUUAUAAACUGUAUACUAUAGGAGAUUGUUAUGUUGCUAUUGGAAUGAUAGAUUUCAAUGAUAGAAAUCCAAGUGAAGAAGCAAAGAAUAUUGUAGAUUUAGCAUUUGAAAUGAUUAGAAUAAUUGAAAUUGUUAGGAAAUAAAUAGAUUUUGAUGGAUUAGAUAUGAGAAUAGGCAUUCAUACAGGUUGUGUUUUUGGAGGAGUUAUGGGAACUGACAUUGUUAGAUAUGAUAUAUAUGGUCCAGAUGUUCUUAUAGCUAAUAAAAUGGAAUCAAAUGGAAAAAAAGGAUAAGUACAUGUAAGUGCUGCAACAAAAUAAUUGUUAUAAUAGGAUUAUGAAGACAAAUAUUCUUUUACUUUCAACACAAAAGUCACUUUGUCUUCAAUUAAUAGAAGUAUUGAAGGCUUUAUUAUAGAAAGUUUGAUUGAAGAUCAAUAUCCUUCUGAUUAGAUUAUUGAUCAAUAGAUUGAACCAUUGCAAUCAGAACAUUGA